UGGUCUUCAACAUCCAGCCAAAAGCCAAAUCGAAAUCAAAGUGAGAUUUCCGUAAUUUCAUUUCAUUGUCCGAGCCUUCGAUUUGAGAAGGAAGAUGAAGAACGAAAGCGAAUUGGUUGGACUUUGCAUAGACGCAGCGUGUGAGAGCAGAGAAAGUGUCGAGAAAUGGCGGAUGCAGAGGCGCACUCUCGAUCGCUUGCCUUCUCCUCUCGCCGACGCUCUCCUCCGCCGCCUCAUCGCCCGCCGCCUCCUCUUUCCCUCCCUCCUCGAGGUUUUCAAGCAUUGCGUCGAAGAGGUUGACUUGAGAGGCGAAAACUCCGUGGAUGCUGAGUGGAUGGCUUAUUUGGGAGCUUUCCGCCACUUGCGCUGCUUGAACCUCGCCGAUUGUCAUCGAAUCAACUCUUCAGCUCUUUGGCCUAUUACAGGAAUGACGAGCCUUCAAGAGUUGGACCUAUCCAGAUGCUUCAAGGUCAACGAUGCUGGAAUUAACCAUAUUCUUUCCAUUCCUAAUAUGGAGAAGCUACGCAUUUCGGAAACAAGCGUCACUGCCAAAGGUGUCAAGCUUCUCGCCUCUCUUAAACACUUGUCUCUUCUUGACUUGGGUGGUUUGCCCGUAGAUGACGUGGCAUUAACUUCGUUGCAGGUACUGAAAAUGAUGCAAUAUAUUGAUCUUUGGGGUAGUAAAAUAUCAAAUGAAGGUGCUGCUGUUCUCAAUACGUUUCCAAAGUUGAGCUAUCUUAAUCUUGCUUGGACCAGUGUCACAAAAUUGCCUAAAUUAUCAUCUCUUGAAUGCCUGAACAUGAGUAAUUGUACUAUUGAUUCUAUACUUGAAGAUUAUAAAGCUCCUUUGGCAAAGCUCAUAUUCUCUGGGGCUACAUUCGUGAAUGAAGCUGAAACCUUGUUAUAUGCAAAUACAAAUUUUCUAUCCUUUUUGGAUGUAGCCCAUUCCAGCCUUAGCAGAUUCUUCUUCUUAAGUAAAAUGAAAGUAAUAGAGCAUCUCAAUCUCACCUCAUGCAUGAUGGGGGAUGAUUCAGUUGACAUGGUUGCUUGCGCUGGUGGAAACUUGAAAAGUUUGAAUCUGAGUGGUACCAGGGUUAGUUCUGUUGGAAUAGGAAUUUUAGCUGGACACGUUCCCAAUCUUGAAAUUCUGUCAUUAUCUCAGACAGCAGUAGAUGACACUGCCAUCUUAUUUAUUAGUAUGAUGCCUUCAUUAAAGGAUCUUGACUUGAGCAAUACAAACAUUAAAGGUUUUCUGCACCAAGGAAGGACUGAUGUGGACUCCCCACUCUCUCUAAUGGCUCUGCAAAAUCUUAAAUUAGAAAGGUUGAAUUUGGAGCAUACACAAGUUAGGGAUGAAGCUUUAUACCCUUUGUCAAGCUUCCAGGAGCUGAGAUAUUUAUCUCUUAAAAGUGCUUCACUUGCAGACGUGUCACUUUACUAUUUAUCAUCAAUUCCUAAAUUGACAAAUCUUAGUAUUUGUGAUGCGGUAUUGACAAAUUAUGGGCUUGAUAUGUUUAAGGCUCCUGAAACUCUGAAACUGCUGGACCUCAGAGGUUGUUGGCUCUUAACUGAAGACACUAUCUUGUCGUUCUGUAGAAAUCAUCCACAAGUUGAAGUCAGCCAUGAACUUGGUAGCGUAUUUCCUUUUAACCAAAAUGGACUUAAUCAUUCCACUCCAUCUCGCUCAACUUCCAGGACUAUGCAAAUGGCUAAGAAGAAAGAUCAGAUUCCCGUCUCUCCAUAUUUUGUAGACCAAAGAUUGAAGUAUAGCAGGGACGAGUUACUUGCAUUUCAGUUUACGUCUUUGCCUCUUGCAUCUAGUAGUGAAAGUGGCAGUUUAAUAUAUGAGAAACAAUUGGAUUGAAUUCAGAAAUCUCCUUUCAUAUAAUUGUUUGCACUCAUGGGAUUGAGAAGGGCAUGUGAUAUGAACAGAGAUGGCUUCAUGAUUAAUAGCUCAAGACGAUCACGAGGUGAAAGCUAAAUCAUGUUUUUGAUAGGGAAACCAAAUGUGAUGCUGUGCCUUGGCUCCAAGCCUCCAACUUAGUAUGGCUUAAAUAAAGGCUAAGACAUACAGCGAGAUAUCUAUGAUGGCGAAAAUCUUGGCCCUUGAAGAAGGCAUGCAUUAUUGAAUAAAGGUUAAUGGCAUGUCUCCAUAAAAUUGGGGGGAGAUGCUAAAAUGACCUCAAAUAGGCCUCUGUUGCUGUUGCAAUUGAACAACAUGAAAUAAAGGGUAGGGUAUUUGAUAUGAGAACUAAUGUCCAAGCUCAACACAACCACCUUAAUCGAAUACUAUUAAGUUUGGUUAAUUUCAAGGCUCAAGGUUCAACUGAUUAUAAGAUUGCAGGUUCCAUUGAGUGUAGGCUACGAGCAAUGACUCCGAGACAAAGGAAUGAAGAAAUAGUGGGAUGCAGAGCGAAUCAAACUCAGUGAAGAUACUUGAUACUUUGUUGUUCUAUGCACCAAUGGCAGGAUAGUAAAGGGACCAAGCUAGCUCCAUCCAAUCAAGAAUACAAAAUCUUGGAGUUUCCGUCUAGGUUUUAUGUCACAGAAAGAUGGAAAGGAUGGUGACGAUGCUUCGAAGGACAUCCUAAAGUGACUCGAAGAGAUAAGGACAAAGAAAGCUUUAAGCAUGGCUCAUGCAAAGAGAAUAUCGAGCUAGGGUUUUAAAUCCCUCUUUGGUCUUUUGAAACUACCAAUUCUAAAAUAGAAGGAUUUGUUGUAAUUUCUAUUUUUAUUUAAAUUAUUUUGAAUCGCAAAAAUAUUCCUGGGAAACAUUAAAAUCUAACAUUUUGUUUCAAGUAUAUCCGGGAAUAUUGGAAUAACAUUUCAAAUGAUAA